AUGGCCAAUGAAGAAAAAUGUGCAAUAUGCCACGUAGCUGACCCUAACUAUAAAUGUCCUAAAUGUGGAGUACGAUACUGCUCUCUUAAAUGUUAUAAAAAUGCAGAAAAACAUAAUCAUGAUACUCUAAUUGCAUCAGAAGAGAAGGAGAAGAAACAAUGCAGUGAAAUUAAGUCCAGCAUAAAAGAUAAUGAACACGGUUCUCUACAGACAGAAUCAUAUAACUCUAUUUACAAUGGCACCCCGGAAUUACAACACUUACUAAAAUACAAUACGGUGAAAUUUCAUCUUCAUAAAGUUUAUAGAAUAUUAUGCACUGAUAUAUCUGGCAACGGUGGGUCAUCUAGCAAUUUAAAUGCUGAAUCAAGAAAACAAUUAGCAUUGGAUUAUUUAAACACUAUGUUAUAUGGUGGAAUCCAUUAUAAUGAAGCUAUAGAAGAAUUUUGUCAGAUUUUUUUGCAAAAAUUAAAUGAUAUGUAA